AUGAGGUUUGGACGGGUUUUAUGUGUAGUUUUGGUAAUAUUAUGCGCGGCGUCUACGCAGGCCGACCAGGAGUCAAGAGUCGUGCGUACCACCUCAGGUUCUGUACGCGGCUACAAGGAAGAUGACGUUUACGUAUUCUACUCAAUCCCAUACGCGACAGCACCCACCGGCAGAGAUAAGUUCAAGGCUCCGAUACCAGCACCGAUGUGGCUGGAAACAUUCGAAGCUGUAGAUAAGCAUAUUGUGUGCCAUCAAUCAGUCGUAUUUUCGCUUCCUCCUACAAGUAUAUAUCAAGAGGACUGCCUUAUCGCAAACAUAUUUGUUCCUGACACAGAAGAGACAAAAUUACCAGUUGUGGUGUAUGUACACGGCGGAGCAUAUCAGGUGGGGUUCGGAAAUUUAUUGACACCAAAAUCCUUGGUUAACAGCAAAAAAGUAAUUGCUGUCACAUUUAAUUACCGACUUGGAGUGCACGGCUUUCUCUGUUUGGGUACAGAAGACGUACCUGGGAACGCCGGAAUGAAAGACCAAGUAGCGCUACUGCGCUGGGUCCAGAAAAACAUCGGUAAAUUUGGUGGUAACCCCAAUGACGUGACCAUCGCCGGAUACAGCGCCGGCUCCUCCGCAGUAGAUUUACUCAUGCUUUCGAAGUCCGCAAAAGGAUUAUUUAACAAAGUAAUCCCAGAAAGUGGUGCUAACAUCGCAGUAUGGUCGGUGCAAAUAGACCCUCUAAAUAUCGCCAAGGAAUUUGCAAUAAGUCAAAACUUCACAGACGUGGACAACAUUUACGCGCUUGAAGAAUUUUACAGAAGUGCACCGUUUGAGGUAUUAACAUCGGAUAAUUUUAUGUCUAGAAGUGAUUCCACCGUCAUGUUCUCUCCAUGUGUCGAACGCUAUAUAAGUACUAAGACUGAAAGAUUUCUUGAUGAUGCGCCUGUAAAUAUAUUGAAAAAUGGGAAAUAUAAUAAAGUCCCGAUAUUGUAUGGAUUUGCAAAUAUGGAGGGUAUUAACAGAGUGCAAAUGGGUUACGAUUUGUUUAAAGAUAAAAUGAAUUCCAAGUUCUCCGAUUUCAUGCCAGCUGAUUUAGAAUUCGAAAGUGAAGCUCAAAAACAAAAAGUAGCGAAACAAGUGAAGGAAUUCUACUUCGGCGACAAAGCUGUCGGUGACGAUACUAUAUUGGCGUACAUCGAUUUUUUUACUGAUGUUAUGUUUGCAUAUUCCACUUUAAGAGCCGUAAAGUAUCACGCCGAGGCGGGCCAUAAUCAAGUGUACGUGUAUGAAUACUCUUUUCCUGAUGACCAAAUAAUGCCCGAAACAAUAAAAGCAAAAGUUAGGGGUGCAGAUCACUGUGCACAGACAACAGCGGUUCUCGAUUCACCUCCUGAAGGUAGCGAAUGGGCGCCCCCAGAAAAUAAAAGUGAGGAGUAUAAACGAUUAAGGGCAAUCAUGAGAGAAUUAUGGCUCAACUUCAUUACGACAGGCAAGCCGGUGCCUUCUGAGAGCGCACUGCCAGCGUGGCCGCCAGCGAACGCCUCUGGCGCUCCCUACAUGUCACUUACAAUGCCGCCUCAGUUAGUCGAUGGUCCGCUGUUGGAGCGUCGCACGCGCUUUUGGGACGCCAUCUACGACAAGUACUACCGCACCCCAGUCCCUCCACCCACACCACCUCCAAAAAUGCACACAGAAUUGUGAUUCUGAUUAUACGCAAAGUUGUUUAAUACUAUCUAGUUUUACUUACCUACUUUGUGUAGUACGAGUAUAGCAUGAACAUUUUUGGUCACUAAUUAUUAAAAUAAAUUCAUUUUAAUGUGUUAUUAAAAUUUUAAUUAAAUUUACUCUCGAAAUUUUCAAAGGAAAUAAAUAAUCUAUGAAAUUAUAAAAUAUUUUGCACAAAUCAUAGUUCAUAACAUCAAAUAAUAGGCUACGCCGACGACAGAUCUUGAUGUAUGGAUGCGAAGCGUCAGUGUCCACUUUGACGUUGAAGUAGGAGAACAAGUUCUUAAUGGCGGAGAGGAAAACCUUUAGGAAGAUUCUGGGACCAACUAGGAAAGAAGGUGGAACCUGGCGAAUGAGGAAAAAUCUGGAGAUCAUAUCUGGGGCAAACGUCCUAGAUAUGGCUAGAUCGACCAAGUCCACAAAGACCUGUGUGAGUUUCGAAUAGCCGAUUGGCAAUAAGCGGCACAGAACAGAGAAGAGUGGCGCAUAUUAAGUUAAGAUUCACUUCGGGUCGUUCAGCCAGCCAAGUAAGUAAGUAUAGUUCAUGUGGAUAAAAUAUUACAAUUGAAUAAAUUUUAUGGAGAUUAUUUAAUUGUAACUGACUAAGUAUCAAUAAAUGUGAUUGUACUUACAUACGUAGAGCU